AGUGAAAAACCAAGUGUUAAAAAAUUCAUUUAUAUUAUUUAUUAUUGUUAUUAUUUUUUAAUAAUUCUCUUCAUACUGACAGUUAACCUCAAACGUAUAUACUAUCCUUUACUUAUUGAUUGUUGUACACAGCUAAAAAUAAAUAGCUAAAUGCAAUAGUAUCCAUCAAAUUUUUUCCUUUAUUGCAAACAUGAGAUGAAAAGCAUAAAUGAAUGAUCAUGGUUAAUAGAUGAGAAAUAAAAAAUAAAAACAUCUAAGAAUGAGAUUCAAUAAACAAGAAUUGAUGACUUUGGCUACUCAGCCAUCACAAAAAUUUGAAAAAGAAGGAACUUUAUGCAUUCGAGAACGACAGGAAGGAUUUUUUCGAAGAACUGAAGGUACAGGUAAAAAACUUGAGCGCAAAAGACAAAAAGGAAAAACUCAUAAGACUCUACGAAACCUCAGUUGUGUUACAGCCAGCACAAGCAAAGUAAGCUUGGAGCGAUGGUGUCGUCUUCGAGGAAAUCUCUUAUUCUAUUUCAAAUCUAAAGAACAAUGGUCGGAGCCUAUGGGUGUAAUUAUUUUGGAGCAAUGUAACUUUCGUAUUGAACAACCAACUAGUCAAAUUCCGUACGGUUUUAGCAUAGUUUUCGAUGGAGGAUUAUAUCAACAGUUAAGCGCAAAUUCAUCUGAAGAACGAGAUUCGUGGCUUCAAGCUCUUCAACUUGCCAGCUAUGAAUGUAUGAGAAGUCAACUACUAGCAUUACGUGAAAGAAUAGAAGCCUCAUCUGGUCAUAAAAAUGAUACAGACAUUCACAUGUUACGGUUGCAACGUGGGAUAGUGACAGAUCCUGCAGAAAUUCCAAUUUGUGAAAUAUCUCUGUCUUGUGAUAAUCUUCUCUGUGAUGGUCACGGGCGACCACCAAAUCCGGUGCUAGAAAUAGAUGUGCAAGCAGCAAGGUCUAAAGCUUGGAUUAAAUACGCUAAAACAGAAAUCGUUGAAAGGAGUAGCAAUCCAGGAUUUUUAACAACCGUAAGUUUUCGUGUUAGUGAUGGUAUAGGUGUAGAUACGAGAGUGAGAAUUACUGCUUAUGAUGUAAGAGAAAGAGUGAGCCAAACGGCAACUCCAAUAGGAAGUGCAAUAGUGAUAUUUAGUGCAGUUCAAGAUACUCCAAGACUUAGGAUACCUUUGAAAUCGUCAAAAUCAACGACUGUUGGUUUCUUGACGAUAAACGUUUGGAGCUUAGAAGCUGAUGAUAAAGGUAAUAGUACUGAAAGUACUCCGUCGAGAAAUAUUCCACCAAAUAAUACCAACAACUCAAACUACUGCCAUCGGAGAUCCCAAUCUUUGCCUCCAAAACUUGGAACCAAAAUAAAAUUACCUCACCAAGGUCAGCUCAAGCUUCUCUUUGCCAAUCCUUUUCUUCAAACAUACAGAUUCCACUCUGGUCUAGGAGGUGAUAUAUGUGUACAUGAGAUAAUGGCAGAAAGUAAGCUUUGCUUUCAAUUUCCUCAACAGUUAUUAGGCAUUUGGAUUCAAGAAGAAAAAGAAUUACUUCAAGAAGUAGCAGGGAUGGGUGAAUUACGAGAACCUUGGCAUACAAAACAAGUAGAGCUUCUUGAUAGACAUUUACAUCUUUUACACUUGUAUUCUCAGGCAAAAGAAAACUUAGCAGCCUUUAAUGCAAGCUAUUUCAAACGUUCUUCAAGAAGAAAUGAUCGAACUUUGGAAUUUGCACCAAUUAAUCUUCAUUUACAAAGAAUGUGGGUGCAUAAUGAUACACUUAAUAAAUGUGGAUUUUAUGAUUUUAUAACUGUUGGCGCAUUCACUGCUCAUUCGCACAAAAGUAAAAAUGGUGGUUUAAUUCGUUUAGUUCAAGCUUUAAAAGAAUCUCCAACACGUCAUAGUCAGCUUUAUCAAGGAACAUCGAAGAUAACGAUGGCACAUGACGCAAUUCAAGCAAUAAAACAACUUAGAAGAGACGUCGUUGAAGCAAUGAGAUCGUUAAUGAAACUAGCAAAGGAAAAACAAACUAGCGGAAUGCUUCCUAUAUGUGAAGAUAUGAUUUCUAAAACUAGAAUAUUACUUAGUCUUUGGGAUCCUGGUCUUGUAGAAGAAGCUUUGACAUUCUUAGAAGAACAUAAAGUGGCUAAGAUUCAAGAAGAAACUAAAAAUUCUAGUGACGAAAGCUUAUCACUCAGUUUACAUUGCAAUCAGUCGCUGUCUCCUUUCAAACGGAUCACUCAACAGUUGAACUUUGAUUUAAAAAGUCCAGAUUUUGAUGAUCUCAUUACCCCAGAUACGCCUGAAUGUGUCAGAGAUAUGUGGGCUAAAGAAACAACAAGGACCAAUUAUUCUGUGAAAAAUAAUGAAAAUAAUGAUAAUCGAGAAUUAACUGAGGAAAAUUUUGUAAUAUUUCCUGAGGUUGAAGAUGAUCCUAAAGAUAAUAAAGACAGUAAAGACAUUUCGGAAGAAUCAAGAUACAAAGAAGUCAAUCGAAUUGUCAAUAAUGAAGAUGAUGAUGAUGAAGAUAAAGAGGAAAAUACAAGAGGGAAUGGAGAUUUAGAUUUAAGUAAGAGAUUUUUAGAUACUCAAAAAAUGUGUAAUUCACCUUCUGCUAAUUAUUAUAAGCCUACUGAUGAACCAGAGCCCUGGGACUUAACGCAAUUAAAUAUAGAAGCGAGUGUGAUGUGUCUAGUGUCAAAAGUCAAGUUCCUUUGUGGACGAUGUAGUAGCCCAGCUGUUAGAUUACGUAAUAAAAAUGGUAUAGCGUGUUCUCACACUCUUCGAGGAUGUCUUCCAAGCAACCGAAUUGCUUCCAAUGUUGUAACAAUUCAGCCAAAAAAUGUAGAAGCCAAAAAUGAGGAGUCCAGUAAACUUCUAGAUAAUGGUAAUGUGAUUAUACGUCAAAGUUGUGAAGGCUUAGAAUCAACCACAACAGGUUUUGCUAAAGCCAAGGAUGUCUGCCAAGCUGUUGAUUCAAUGACCAGAGUUAUAAAGAGUAAUUCUGGACAAAGAAACAAGUUUACAGAAGGUUUAGAUUUUGCCUCCAUUGUUGAUUGGACCAGUGAAUUACGGCCAAGCAUGAAAAAACUUCGUCAAGCUAUGGAUGGACUUUUGAAAACUGCAAGACUUACACAUUCUGUUUUUAGAGUUCAAGAAGACUCAAAGAUUGCUCAGAGAAGUUGUAAUGUGCGUUAUAGACGUGAUGUAUGCUUCAGUCAAGCUUUAACUGCUCUUGUGACUGGCUUGAUGGCGAAACUAUGGUGCCAAAGACCAGAUCCACUUUUUCUUUUGAUUUUAACGACUCUUGGACCUCUUAUUUCUUUUGAAGCACUUUUGAGUUACUAUGGAAAUGAAAUAGACAUGUGGGGAGACAUGGCCGUUGCUGUUGAAGAUAUGCAUACGGUUACAUUUACCUUGACAAGAUGUGGACUUUCUUCCAAGAUUGAUGAUAAAAGUUUGAGUAAUCCACAGCUUCCAAUGCCAAGAGUUGUUGGAUCUCGUGCUGCUUUAACUGUUAUGCUCCCAGUUCCUGAUGGAACUUAUUCUCUUCUUCCACUUCCGCAAUCUUCUCGACAGACUAUUGCAUUUAACGUCACUCCAGUAUUCUUUAAUGUAGGCAUUAAUGAAAUGGCAUCACUUGCUGAGAGCCUUGGAACUGUUAAGCCACAGGAAAAAAGCAAUAUCGAUAACUUUGAUCGAUUAAAUGAGUAUUAUCUGAGAUUUAAAAAACUUAAUCUACCUAUGGAAUCGAAUUCUACUCGAUUAUCUGGUGGUUCAGCUUUUGCCAGUCAAAGUCUUGCUGAUAUGAUGGCAGCAUUAAAAACUAGUGUUCAUGCUAAAAUUCCAAAAAAUACGGAUAUUUUACAACUAUCAUCACAGAUUUGUAGAAGAAUGAAGGGACUCAGGUUUACCAGCUGUAAAAGUGCAAAAGACAGGACUGGAAUGUCAAUUACAUUGGAACAAGUUAACAUUCUUGUAACAGAGUAUCACCUGUCCGAGAAUGAGUUUGGCAGGGCAUUGGACUGCAUGCGAAGUGAGGGAUGUAGACGAGAGAAUACGUGGAAAAAUACUGGAGUAAGAAAAUACGCGUUUGAAAACAUUCAAACUUUACCAAAAGCUUAUCGUCCUCCAACUGGCACCUAUGGACCGGCACAAACUUAAAAUGUUUAUUAUUUAUAAUUAAUUUACAUAUUGAGUAAAUAUGAAAUAUUUAAUAACAAAGUAAAAAGAACAUAAAUAUUAAAAAAAAAAAAAAGAAUAUAACACUGAAAACCACAACUUUUUCUUAAUAUAAAUUUAUUUAAAUUAAUUAAACGAAGUAGAAUGGCAUAAUAAAAAUUAUCAAUUAGCAAUAACCGUUGCAAUUUAGUGCCAUUUAUAUUGA